CAAGAGAAAAUACAGAGAACAUGUCUUAAGUGUUGCCAGUUGUAGCCCUGUACACUAUUUAUGUUUCUCAGUGUGACAUCUGUACACGUGUUAGUAGGUGUAAGGGAAGGAGAAUAAGUCAAUAUGUGUUAACUCUCAGGUGAGAACUGGGCGGGACUGCAAAAAGUGACACACCUCUGUUCUGUAAAAGCUUUCAAUUCCAAAGAGAGGCGAGUGAGUUAUACUGAGACACAGAACAGGUUUUACUGUUAGUAGAAACAAACUCACACAGCCAUUAACCAGGAAUAACAUAUUGGAAGCCUAUCAACCAAGACAAAGGAUGACAAACAUCUCACGCCAUCUUGUCAACCACCUGCUGACAUACUCGCUCCAGGAUGGGGAUGUGCAGAAUGUGGAGGAAGCCCAGAUGCGUCUCUCCACCCUGGCUCAGAACAAAAAGCUGUGGAGUCAACAGAUGUUCCUGGAUGUCGGAGCAAAGGCCAUUCAUCUCCGAGACAUACAGAGCCAGGACGAGCUGGAGAACUACGCUUACAAAUCCAUCCUGCGCUGCAACGCCAUUAACACAGAAAAACACUUCCCAUCCCUCCUUCUGUUGGUCUGCCAAAGUGAAGAAGAUCCAAAGCCGGACAUUCACUUCUUUAGCUGCGAGGCGGUGAAGGCAGAGAAAAUCUGUGACGACAUUGCAAACGCAGUUUCGGGUUCCUCCACAGGCCGGAUUAAGAAGCUCACUGAUGACCUCAGGCUUCCUCAGAGUGGGGGUGAGAUGGCGGACCCCUAUGGAGUCCCAAGCCCCCCCAUCCCACAUGCUCCAAAUCCACCACCAUCCAACCCCCCACCUUACCCUGGACACAAAGCAAACAGUGGGCCUGAUAUCUCCUUCCUGCGAGCAGAGAGAGAAGUGGGGAUCCUUAAUCACUGUUUCGAUGACAUCGAGAACUUCAUGGGCAAGCUGCAGCAGACUGCGGAGGCCGCGACGGUGCUGAACCAGAGGAAGAAGAAAAAGAAGAGAAGUAAAAAGACGAGUGCCGAAGAAGAUCUGCUCACUGCAAAAGCCCGCCCUCCGCCAGAGGAGGAGUUCAUCGAUAUCUUCCAGAAAUUCAAAUAUUGCUUCAGCCUGUUGGCCCGUCUGAAGUCAACUAUCUCCAGUCCUUCAUCAGAGGAGCUAGUUCACCACGUAUUUAAACCUUUGAAUAUGAUGGUGAAAACAACUGGGGGACCGGCCCUCGGAGCCUCAGUGUCCAGCCCCGCCCUGACCAGCUCUGCUGUCUACCUGCUACAAGACCACCUGAGCGAGGACGAGAGGCAGCUGUGGACGUCUCUGGGUCCCAACUGGACGCUCCCGUGCUCUCAGCUCACAGGACCUGUAGCUCCCUACACUCCUGUGUUUUUGGAUGGUUGGAAGCCGGAGGCCUCGAGGGCAGACGGGCAGGUUUGGGAGGAUCCGGUCGAGUCACAGCACAAAUAUGACGCUCUCCAGCAGCAAAAGCCAGUUGGUCCUCAAGACACUCUCGUCAGCGAUGAAACAGACAGCAGCACACUCCCACCAGAAUCUGAGAGAAUCUACAGCUGCACGUAUGACUUCAUAGCCAGGAACAGCAGUGAGCUCUCAGUGCAGCAAGGGGAGACACUAGAGGUGAUCGAGUCGUCCAAGCGCUGGUGGAAGUGUCGUAAUCGGUUCGACCAGAUCGGAUUUGUUCCCUUCAAUAUCCUGGAUCCCUUGGCCCACGUAGACAGCCCCGUCAACAAUAAACCCCCCAAUACUCCAGCUCCACCUCCGCUCGCCAAGACUUUCUCUGUAGUCCCGCCCAGCUCUACUGCUCCAUCCCAGGCCCCCACCCACUCCCCCAAGCGCCCACACAGCCUACCGGCAUACAGUCAACAUAUUCCAGCUGCAGAGGACCAAGACAAUAAAGUUAUGUUGAUGAAUGACGAACUGCUCCAGAGGCUGACCAAUGGAAAGACCCCUCUGAACAAACCUCUGGUCAUCCCUCGCUCCUCAGAGACCUCCGUGCCUCUGGACUACCACUCUCCUCCAGACGAGGUAGCCGAGUGGCUCCAAGGGAAGGGCUUCAGUGAACCGACGGUGGCAUGUUUGGGAGUGCUGACAGGCGCCCAGCUCUUCUCCCUCAACAAGGAGGAGCUACGAGCUGUGAUUCCAGACGAGGGCGCCAGAGUGUACAGCCAACUCACUGUACAGAGAUCCCUGCUGGAGGAUGCCAGAAGGGCCACAGAGUUAGAGACGGUCAUGGAGAAGCAGAAAAUGAAGGUGGAUCUGAAACUGGAGAGCAGCACAUUGUGAGCAGCAGGCGUCUUCAUAGCGAAGUUUCAGACGGAAGAUUGUGUCAUUCUGGUCGUGCCGUUACUCGAGAGCGAACUCCUGAAUUAUUAAUGCUAUUCACUAGAGACAGUGGCCGUCAGGCUCCGUGGGCCUUCAUGGCAUAAUUGAUUCAUCCUAAAAUUAAAGUAUUUGGAAGCGAAUCAGAAAUGUACGUUUUUAAUGGAAGGAGGCGAUGUGCAAAUUAAAUAUUUUCAAAGUUAAGUACACCAUUUGUAAUGUAUGUUGUGGAUUUGAAUGUGAAUAGUUUUCCUGUCUCAUUUCUUUUUAAUAUGGAAGAACUGUAGUUAUCUUAUACUUGCCUAAUAAUCCAACCAUGAUUAAUAUGCAUUGACCAUGGCGAGAAAGGCCAGCAGACAAUAGAAAUUGAAAUGGUGAU